AUGGAAAUAGAGGUGGCAAGCGGCGGCGGCGGCGGUGGAGGUGCAAGUUCUAGCAGCUCCGGCGGUGAUAUUGAGAAGGGACUAGGGCGAAGCAACGGCGGAGCCGGAGCAUACUUGGUUUGGGAAGAUUUAACGGCGUUGCUCCCAAAUUUUGGCCAUGGACCUCCCAAGAAAUUGCUUCAUGGACUCAAUGGGUAUGCUGAGCCUGGGAGAAUUAUGGCAGUUAUGGGUCCUUCUGGCUCUGGAAAAUCUACUCUUCUUGAUUCUUUAGCAGGUAGAUUAUCAAAUAAUGUUGUCAUGAGUGGAAAUAUACUUCUUAACGGGAAGAAGCGGAGGCUAGACUAUGGUGUAGUUGCGUAUGUAACACAAGAGGAUGUCUUGUUGGGAACUCUUACAGUCAGAGAAACUUUAACUUACUCUGCCUAUUUAAGGCUUCCAACUACCAUGUCUAGAGAAGAGGUAAAGGGAAUUAUAGAGGGAACCAUCAUUGAAAUGGGACUUCAAGAUUGCGCAGAUCGACAGAUAGGGAAUUGGCAGUUACGAGGCAUAAGCGGUGGAGAGAAGAAAAGACUGAGUAUUGCACUCGAAAUUCUCAUAAGACCUCGUAUAAUGUUUCUCGAUGAACCUACUAGUGGCCUCGACAGUGCAGCGGCUUUCUUUGUUAUCCAAGCUAUUAAAAAUGUCGCUCGUGAUGGAAGAACGGUUAUCUCCUCGGUUCAUCAGCCUAGUAGCGAAGUUUUCGCUCUGUUUGAUGAUCUCUAUUUGCUAUCCGGAGGUGAAACUGUUUACUUUGGUGAAGCAAAGAUGGCUAUUAAGUUUUUUGCCGAAGCAGGGUUCCCCUGUCCGAGUAGAAGAAAUCCUUCUGAUCACUUCCUUCGAUGCGUUAACUCGGACUUCGACAUUGUAACAGCCACAUUGAAAGGUUCACAAAGACUUCGUGAAAUGCAGAGAGCACCAGAUCCUUUAAUGAAUUUGGCAGCAGCAGAUAUCAAAUCUGUACUUGUCGAAAAAUAUAAGAACUCGGAGUAUGCACGAAAAGCCAGAUCGAGGAUCCGAGAAAUCUCUUCCAUUCAAGGGCUCGACUUCGUAACAAUUAAAGGAAGUCAAGCAAGGUGGUGGAAGCAGCUUUCAACAUUGACCCGAAGAUCGUUCUUGAACAUGUCUAGAGACGUGGGAUAUUACUGGUCUCGUAUAGUCAUCUAUAUAGUCGUUGCUCUUUGUGUUGGCACUCUAUUCUAUGAUGUUGGCACCAGUUAUACUGCAAUCUUGGCUAGAGGAGCAUGUGGUGGCUUUGUGACCGGCUUUAUGACUUUUAUGUCUAUCGGAGGUUUUCCAUCCUUCAUCGAAGAAAUGAAGGUUUUUUAUCGAGAAAGGCGGAAUGGAUAUUAUGGAGUUGCUGUGUUUAUAUUAUCAAACUUUCUCUCUUCAUUCCCGUUCUUGGUUGCGGUCUCGGUCGCUACUGGAACCAUUACAUACUACAUGGUGAAAUUUCGGACGGAAUUUUCUCAUUACAUCUUCUUUUGUCUAAAUAUUUUCGGAAGCAUUGCUAUGGUAGAGAGUGUCAUGAUGAUUGUAGCUGCGCUAGUUCCUAACUUCUUAAUGGGGAUCAUAGCCGGGGCUGGAGUUCUUGGGAUCAUGAUGAUGACAGCUGGAUUUUUCCGUUUGCUCGAUGAUCUUCCCAAGAUAUUUUGGCGCUAUCCAAUUUCUUUAAUUGGCUACGGUGCAUGGGCACUACAGGGAGCGUACAAGAACGAUAUGCUAGGAAUCGUAUUUGAUCCUCUUGUACCCGGAGAUCCAAAAUUAACGGGCGAGCAUGUCAUAAAAGUUUUGUUCAAAAUACCGUUAGAUCAUUCCAAGUGGUGGGAUUUGUUCGCCGUGUAUGCCCUCAUAGUAUGUUAUAGAUUCCUCUUCUUCAUCAUUCUUAAGUUAAAAGAAAGAGCGGCGCCUAUUUUCCACUCGCUUUAUGCAAAGAGAACAAUGCAUCACAUCAAAAAGCGCUCUUCAUUCAAGAGGAAGCCGUCUAUUACUUCCAAGAGGCACUAUAACCUCCACCCAUUGUCUUCUCAAGAAGGUCUAAACUCUCCGAUCCCUUGA